AUGACCGUACAGUCCCCUUAUUCGUCUACACCCACAGCCAACAUUUCGGCGCUGGCUGUUGUGCAACAACGGACUGUACAACAAUUCCACACGCAAAGACUCGACCCGAAAGUGAUCGGUGACUGCACGUUGAGCAGCGUGGCUGUGCUCGUCAACAGUCUCAGAACGGGAAACAACGGCAGAGGCAGCACGGAGCCUCAUGAGGUGUGCUUCGGUGUGGCUGCUGCACCCAGAUACCAAUCCUUGGUCAAGGGGCCAAAGGAGCAACCACAUCAUGUCACAAACGGAGAAAGACGGCGGAUGGAUCUUGUGCAGAAAGUAUUUCUCAUGGUGAAAGGUGGCCUCGAAUACGAGUUCCCUGCGGCAACAGCCGAUGCAGCUAAGAUUUUGGAUCUCGGGUCAGGCACGAGCAUCUGGGCUUGCCAGAUGGCCGAGAGGUACCCAAAUGCCCAUGUCAUGGCUGUUGACUUGCACAACAGCUCUCCGCGCAUGCACCUUAAACCUGGAUCUGGCUUUAUCGAGCAGACCGAGAUCGACUGGCGACCAGGGUUCGAGCACGAGCGGCCACAACCCACGUCGGCGCUCGAGGAGUGGUGCGAGGGAGUUCUGUCCGGGCUCGAGCGCGCCAACCGAAGCGCACACAUCCGACCAGAGUACACAAGAAGGAUGCUGGCAGAAGCGGGUUUUGAGCACAUUGAGCAGGUCGUCGUCCGCCUUUACCUCAGCCCCAGCCCCGCCGCGGCCGCAGACGACCAGCGCGAGCUGUCAAAAUGGUUCAACCUGGUCGUGACACAGGGCUUUGAGGCCAUGGCUCUCGUGCCCAUGAUCCGUUAUGGCUCGGCUGUUGAUCCGGAGCAAAUAGAGGAUCUGGCUCAGCGUGCGAUGACUGAAGCAUGCACCCUCAAGUAUGGUGCUUAUAUGAACGCGACAGCUACAUAUGGAGAGCACGCCGACCCCUAG